CGGGCAGUCCGGGCAACCGUGAGAAUUCAUUUGUAGGGUUUUUUCAACAACUCUUCAAAUAUAUAUAAAGCUCCUCCAUAUCCCGCUUCUUCACACUAUUCGAAAAUUACCCCACACCCCCUAAUCUCCUGCCCCCCCCCCCUUCCCCCCUUCCCCCCUAUACAUACAAAUUCACCAAAAGCUUUGUCAAUUCAAAACUGUUUGAUUGAUUUUGUUCUCUGAGCUAGGAAAACCCCUAGCUCGUGCUUGGUUUUAAGGAAUUUCCAGAAGUUGAAUACUUUGUUAAUCUUCAUUUUCAAUUGAAGGAAACAUGGCUCUUGAGAUCACUCAGUUUCUGUUGGCUGCUCAAUCAGCUGAUGCCAAGGUUCGGACUGAGGCAGAGGCUAAUCUUAGUCAGUUUCGAGAACAGAACCUUCCGGGAUUUUUUCUUUUGUUAGCUGUUGAGCUCUCAAAUGAUGGAAAGCCCACUGAAUCUCGCAGGCUAGCUGGUAUUGUGCUAAAAAACUCACUGGAUGCUAAAGAAACUGUCAGAAAACAACAGCUUGUUCAACAGUGGCAGGUAAUUGAUUCAUCUUGUAAGUCCCAAAUUAAAAGCUUGCUUCUGAGCUGCCUUGGAUCAUCUGUACGUGAGGCAAGUCACACUGCUGCCCAAGUGAUUGCUAAAAUAGCUUCCAUCGAAGUUCCUCAGAAACAAUGGCCAGAGCUCAUUGGUUCAUUGCUUGUUAACAUGACACAACAGGGAAGGCCUGCAUCCGUGAAACAGGCAACCUUAGAAACACUAGGUUACGUGUGUGAGGAGAUAUCUCACCAGGAUCUUGUCCAAGAUGAAGUAAACUCUGUUCUCACAGCCGUUGUGCAAGGUAUGAAUGUUGAGGAGAAAAGCCUUGAAGUCAGACUUGCUGCAACUAGAGCUUUGUAUAAUGCUCUUGAUUUUGCUCAGACAAACUUUGACAAUGAGAUGGAGAGAAAUUAUAUUAUGAAGGUUAUCUGUGAGGCAGCUACAGCAAAGGAGGGACAGCUAAGACAGGCUGCUUUUGAGUGUCUUGUUUCUAUUGCAUCGACAUAUUAUGAGUUGCUUGAACCUUACAUGCAGACUCUCUUCCAGUUGACAGCUAAAGCAGUAAAAGAAGAUGAGGAGGCUGUUGCCCUUCAAGCAAUUGAAUUCUGGAGUUCUAUCUGUGAUGAGGAGAUAGAGCUUCAAGACUACGAGGUCCCUGACAGUGGGGAUUCCACUGUGCAACAUUCCCAUUUCAUUGAGAAGGCCCUCGAAGUAUUAGUUCCAAUGCUGCUGGAAACCUUAUUGAAACAGGAUGAGGAACAAGACCAGGAUGAUGAAAUCUGGAAUCUGGCUAUGGCUGGUGGAACAUGUCUUGGUCUUGUUGCCAGAACUGUUGGAGAUGCUGUUGUUCCCCUUGUAAUGCCUUUUGUGGAGGCUAACAUAAUGAAACCUGAUUGGCGCUCUCGUGAGGCUGCCAUAUAUGCAUUUGGCUCAAUACUUGAAGGUCCAAGCAUUGAGAAGCUAUCUCCCAUGGUCCAUGUGGGAUUAAAGCAUCUUCUCGAUGCGAUGAAGGAUACAAAUGAGCACAUAAGAGAUACCACAGCAUGGACUCUAAGCCGUAUCUUUGAGUUGUUGCACUCCCCAAGUUCUGGAUUUUCUGUGAUCUCACCAGCCAACCUCCAACAGAUUGUCGAAGUGCUGUUAGAGAGUAUAAAAGAUGUCCCUCAUGUUGCUGAAAAAGUUUGUGGGGCUAUCUAUUUUCUUUCUCAAGGAUAUGAGGAUGCUGGGCCAAGCUCGUCUCUGCUCACUCCUUUUAUAACUCAGAUUAUUGGUUCUCUUAUUGCAACGGCUGAUCGGACAGACAACACUGGUUCUAAGCUCAGAACCACUGCUUAUGAAGCCUUGAAUGAAGUUGUUAGGUGCUCUAAUCUUUCUGAAACAUCUCAGAUUAUUAAUCACCUUUGCCCUGUUAUCAUGGAAAAGCUGGCACAAACUUUUGAGCUUCAGAUUUUAUCCUCUGAAGAUAGAGAAAAACAGGGAGAUCUACAGGCUUCUCUGUGUGGUGUACUACAGGUUAUUAUUCAGAAGCUAAGUCAUACUGAUGAAACCAAGUCUAUAAUACUCCAAGUUGCCGACCAGAUCAUGAUGUUAUUCCUGAAGGUUUUUGCCUGUCGUAGCUCAACUGUCCAUGAAGAGGCCAUGCUUGCUAUUGGUGCUCUGGCCUAUGCAACUGGAUCAGAUUUCUUGAAGUAUAUGCCAGAGUUUUACAAGUAUCUUGAGAUGGGGCUGCAGAAUUUUGAAGAGUACCAGGUUUGUUCCAUCUCAGUGGGGGUUGUUGGUGAUAUUUGCCGUGCAUUGGAUGACAAGAUCUUGCCAUACUGUGAUGGGAUUAUGACUCUUCUUCUUAAAGAUCUAUCUAGUAGUGAACUUAAUCGAUCUGUAAAACCUCCCAUAUUCUCCUGCUUUGGGGAUAUUGCGCUUGCUAUUGGUGAACACUUUGAGAAGUACCUUCAGUAUGCCUUACCUAUGAUGCAAAGUGCUGCGGAAGUUUGUGCGCAACUUGACAAUAGUGAUGAUGAAAUGCUAGAUUAUGGCAACCAGCUGAGACGCAGUAUUUUUGAAGCAUACUCUGGAAUUCUUCAAGGAUUUAAAAGUACCAAGGCCAACUUGAUGUUGCCUCAUGCUCCUCAUCUCUUGCAUUUCAUUGAAGUGGUUGCCAAAGACAGACCAAGAGACGAGACUGUAACAAAAGCAGCAGUAGCUGUGUUGGGUGAUCUAGCUGACGCACUUGGUUCCAGUGCAAAGACCAUAUUCAAAGAUCCUGCAUUUUUCGCACAGCUGUUGGGUGAGUGUCUUCAAUCUGAUGAUGAACAGCUGAAAGAAACGGCAACUUGGACACAAGGAAUGAUUGGGCGUGCCUUCUCAGUUUGUGGGUGAGAGCUGUUCUUAAACGUUGCUCUUUAUGCAGGAAAUCUGUUUUUUCCAUUGUAUUGCCUAGGCGGAAGUUGUCAGGUUACCAAGGUAGGUUUUACAUAAUCACCUAUGGAAUUCUUCUUCCUUUUUUAAAUUUUGGGUCUGCAGACUUAUAGCUUCAAGCGUCAAGGUCACCAUGUCUUGGUAGCCUGUUGGUAUAACUUUCUGUAGUCUAUAAUAUUAUAAGUCAGCAGUUUUUUUAAGAUCAGCUUCUAGCAACUCAUCAUUCUAAGCGAAAAACUCAUUAUGUAACCAUUCCAUCGUUACGAUCAAUCUUACUAUAUGCUGAAGAUCAUUGUGAGUUUUCUUUCUUUCA